AUCUGGAUAGUUUUAUCUAGAUGCCCUGCUGUGUGUCUAUAUGACAGACACAGUAGGAUACAAUAAUUUGAUCCCUCUCUGAUUAUAGGACUCAGUUAAAGUGAUUUUAAGGAGAGAUUAAGUAUGAUAAUCAUUGUUAAGAAUAACAGGGACUUUCAAACCAUCUGCCCCGUAGCAAGGCUUAGUGCAAUCAGCUUUGUACUCUCUUUCUUGUGAAACGCAUUCCCCACUGGUUUGCAAUAUAUUGGAACAAUUUAGUGUUUGUUUGUGUGCAUGCGUACAAAACCACAUUUAAUUAUAUAAGAGAACAAACUUCGCUGCUGAGGUGAUUUUGUAGUUCUCAGUAAAUGAGAGAGGCCUUAAAUAGCCGUUGGGCAGCAUCCUUAAUGAAACUCAAAGUAAGCCGAGUCCUGAAGAGUGAACGAAUGUUUGUGGGUGUCGAGUUCGUACAAGUAAGGUGGCAUCGACCAUUUUUGCAGCAGACUUUUGACCAUUCUCGUGUACUUUUCCAACUCUGCCAUAUGUCAACAUAUAUUUCAUAAAAGAGAUGUGUGUGUGUGUGAGAUCUGUUUUAUAUGCUUGUCUGUCUUUGUUUCCAGUGGCCGUUGAUGGACCAUCCCUAUGAAGAAACAGGGUCACAAUGGGACAGAGUACCUCGGAACAAGAGGUCCAAGAAGCCGUCACCAUGGAGGACGAGUUUGAUACCAUCAAGACUUUUGUGGAGGAGGAGCUACAGACGAGCAUGAUGGUGGGGAUGGUGAUUGGUGCGGGCAUCUCCAUAAUCCUCAUUGCCAUCCUCAUCUUCUUCACCUUGCGGAGGAUCCAGCUUCGAAACAUUGAAGCUAAGGAGGCACCCAAAUACCGCUUUCGCAAGAGGGACAAAGUCAUGUUCUAUGGGCGAAAGAUCAUGCGCAAAGUCUCGCAGUCUACCUCUUCCCUGGUGGGUACAUCCUCGUCCUCUCGGCAGCGCCUGAAGAAGAAACAGAAGAUGCUGAACAUUGCCAAAAAGAUCCUGCGCUUUAAGAAGGAGGUGCCCAUCCUGCAGGCCAAGGAGCCCCCUCCCUCAGUGCUGGAGGCUGACCUCACCGAGUUUGAUGUGGCCAACUCCCACCUCCCCUCUGAGGUGCUCUACAUGCUCAAAAACGUCCGUGUGCUAGGUCACUUUGAGAAGCCCCUCUUCCUGGAGCUGUGUAAACACAUGGUGUUUGUGCAGUUCCUACAAGGGGAGUACGUCUUCAGGCCGGGCCAACCUGACAGCAGCAUCUACGUGGUUCAGGAUGGAAAACUAGAAUUGUGCCUUACUGGUGGGGAUGGCAAAGAAAGUGUGGUGAAGGAGGUUUACCCCGGAGACAGUGUCCACAGCCUCCUCAGCAUCCUGGAUGUCAUCACGGGCCACCAGAAGCCUUACAGAACUGUGUCGGCACGGGCUGCAGAGGUUUCCACUGUCCUCCGUUUACCUGUAGAGGCCUUCCUCGCUAUAUUUGAGAAGUACCCCGAGACCCUGGUGCGGGUAGUACAAAUUAUCAUGGUUCGCCUCCAAAGAGUGACAGUCCUAGCCCUGCACAACUAUCUGGGGCUCACCAAUGAGCUCUUUAGCCAUGAAAUGCAGCCCUCGCGCCUGCCACCUCCGUCUCCCCACCCAGUUCGCACCAGUCCCAUCCGGCAUGGUAAGCGCUUCAGCAGCCUGACCGUCACUGAGGAGCAUCGGGAAGCUGCCGUGAAGGGAGAAGCUGCAGGAGCGGAACAAGGGAAGGAUGGAUCAACAGUACCAACUCUUUGCAGGACCAUCUCGAUGCCUGUGGACAUUGCUGGUAUGCAGAAAAAUCUGCAAUCGGACUUUGACAUGGCAUACGAAAGGGGGCGGAUAUCUGUCUCGGCAGAGGAUGGUAACACUCCUCCUACGUUUACUCGGUCUGUAUCCCAGGACCAGCGGGAGAGGAAGGUGACCGUAGACGAGGUUCCCUCGGGGAUCUAUCUGUACCCAGAAGAAGAGUCGGGAGUGGACAAUAUUUUUACACCUGUAUCCAAUCGAUCCAACGCUGCUUUGUUUGAGGAAGCUAAGAAAGAGAUCCUCAAACUCAUGAAGAUUGAGGACGCAUCCUUGUUGAAUGGGAGAGUGACUCUGCACAAUGCAAAAGCAGGAGCUGUCUUAGCCAGACAGGGAGACCAGGACAUGAGUCUGCACUUUGUCCUGUCUGGGUGUCUUCAUGUCUACCAGCGGAUGAUUGACAAGCAGGAAGCCGUCUGCUUGUUUGUGACUCACCCGGGGGAGAUGGUGGGCCAGCUCGCUGUGCUCACUGGAGAGCCCCUCAUCUUCACCAUCAAGGCCAUCCGCGACUGUACUUACCUCAAGAUCUCAAAGUCUGAUUUCUACGAGAUCAUGAGGGAGCAGCCCAGCGUGGUGCUGAGUGCGGCUCACACGGUGGCCAUCCGCAUGUCGCCUUUCGUCAGGCAGAUGGACUUCGCUAUUGACUGGAUGGCCGUGGAGGCCGGCAAAGCCCUCUACCGACAGGACGACCAGUCGGACUGCACUUACAUUGUUCUGAAUGGUCGUCUACGUUCAGUCAUCCGCAAGGCAAAUGGCAAGAAAGAACUAGUCGGGGAAUACGGCAGAGGAGACCUCAUUGGAGUGGUGGAGGCCUUGACCAGACAACCAAGAGCCACCACCGUCCACGCUGUGAGGGACACGGAGCUGGUCAAACUGCCAGAGGGAACGCUCAACAACAUCAAAAGACGAUAUCCCCAGGUGGUGACGAGGUUGAUCCACCUGUUAGGCCAGAAGAUUCUGGGGAAUCUGCAGCACGGCCGAGGGCCCUUUUCAGGGUCGGCCCUGGGUCUGCCCAAUAUGACUGCCAGUGCUGACGUCACCAACCCUGCCAGCAACCUCUCCACUGUGGCUGUCCUGCCCAUAUGCGAUGAGGUGCCGAUCAACGCAUUCAACCUGGAGCUCAGCCAUGCCCUCAAUGCCAUUGGCCCCACUCUGCUAUUGACCAGCGAAAUAAUCAGAGAGCGACUGGGCGCCUCUGCUUUGGACAGUGUGUAUGAGUACCGUCUCUCCGGCUGGCUGGCCCAGAAAGAGGACAUCAAUCGAAUUGUCUUGUACCAGACUGACAACACCAUGACACCCUGGACUCAGCGCUGCAUCCGCCAGGCUGACUGCAUCCUCAUCGUCGGCCUGGGCGACCAGGAGCCUGCCCUGGGAGAGUUGGAGCAAAUGCUGGAGAACACAGCGGUUCGGGCGCUGAAGCAGCUGGUCCUUCUGCACAAAGAGGACGGGCCGGGCCCCUCCAGGACGGUCGAGUGGCUCAACAUGCGAAGCUGGUGCUCCGGUCAUCUGCACCUCAAGUGUCCCCGCAGGGUCUUCUCAAGACGCAGCCCUAGUAAACUAAGGGACGUAUAUGAGAAGGUGUUUGAGAAAACAGCAGACAGGCACAGUGAUUUCUCUCGGCUGGCCCGAGUCCUGACCGGAAACAGCAUCGCCUUGGUGUUGGGAGGAGGCGGAGCCAGAGGCUGCUCUCAUGUGGGUGUGAUCAAAGCUAUGGAGGAAUCGGGGAUUCCUAUUGACAUAGUAGGUGGGACGUCUAUCGGCUCAUUCAUUGGAGCGCUGUACGCUGAGGAGAGGAGUGCCGUGAGAACCAAACAGAGAGCCAGAGAGUGGUCCAAGUCGAUGAACUCCGUAUUCAAAACGGUCCUGGACCUGACCUAUCCCAUCACCUCCAUGUUUUCUGGUUCUGCCUUCAACACCAGCAUCUACAAAGUGUUCCAGGACAAGCAAAUCGAGGACCUGUGGCUGCCAUACUUCAACGUCACCACUGACAUCACGGCCUCAGCCAUGCGUGUUCACCAGGAUGGCUCUCUGUGGCGCUAUGUACGGGCGAGCAUGACCCUCUCUGGGUACCUGCCGCCUCUCUGCGACCCCAAAGAUGGAAACUUGCUAAUGGACGGUGGCUACAUCAACAACCUGCCAGCGGACAUUGCGAGGAACAUGGGGGCCAGAACGGUCAUCGCCAUCGACGUGGGUAGCCAAGACGAGACCGACCUCUGUAACUAUGGCGACAGCCUGUCUGGCUGGUGGUUGCUGUGGAAACGGCUCAAUCCCUGGGCAGAGAAAGUAAAGGUGCCAGACAUGGCAGAGAUCCAGUCCCGGUUGGCCUACGUGUCUUGUGUGCGGCAGUUAGAGGUGGUGAAGAAGAGCGCCUACUGCGAGUACAUCCGACCGCCCAUCGACCGCUUCAAGACCAUGGACUUCGGCAAGUUUGACGAGAUCCACGAUGUGGGCUACCAGCACGGCAAGCUGCUGUUCACUGGCUGGGCCCGAGGCGACAUCAUUGAGAACAUGCUGAAGGACCACCGCUCGGCCGACGACAACGACAGCAAGAGAACCGACUCCUGCACGUGUCCAGGAGCUGACUUCACUGACCUUGCAGAGAUUGUAUCGAGGAUAGAGCCGGUCCAAAGCUCCGUAGCUACAGAAGCGGACGAGUCCGACUGUCUGACGGAGUACGAGGAAGACGGGAUGGACACGGUGAGAGAGGAGGGGGAGGAGGGGGAGGAGGAGGAGGAGGAGGAGGAGGAAGAAGAAGAGGAAGAAGAGGACCUUGAGGACCACUCCCCUGAAGAGUGGGGCCAGAAUGGAGUCUUUCAAAGUGAUGAGGAGAAAUCAGUGAGACAACGCAGGAAACUCGCCAGUGACUCCAACACAUCCGAAGCCUCCGACUGCUGACAGAGGGCCACGGAGGACUAGAGGGAGUCGAAAACACGAACGGGGGCCAAAUUACGGGUCCAUAAACUGUCGAGGCUAGAGACUUGGACGCCACGCUCAGCUUCUGCGACUUCUGAACCUCUCUGAGACGCCGCUUUCUGUUUUUCUGCAGGAAAUCAUUCACGCUCCGACUCAUUGAACCUCCGUUGCGUCGAGUGGCUUCCUCCCGGCUCUCGCGCCGGCCUCAUCUGUUCACAUUCUGAGCCCCGCCGUCACAAAUGAAUAUGUACGGCCUUGAAAAAGAACUGUUUCUCUUCUCGCUUUCACACCACCGGAACCCUUGCCUGCCAACUCCCAAACCUGCCAGAACCAGGGACUCCCGCAGUAAACGACACGACACAACAAAACAGGGACACUUAAAACGUCCAAUUCAGUCCCGUUUCCCUGGUUUCUCAGUUUUUAAAUGGCCAUAAAGACCCUAUCUGUGUCUCCGAGUCUUUACGUGUGUCUCUAAUGUCGGUACAUCGUCAUUGUACAUAUUACAUGGGCCUUUUAUUUCUUGUGUGCGCAUGUUCAGAUGAGUUUGUAUAUUUUGCCCGUGUGUUUAGGAUGACUGUUUGCUGUGAUUUCUUGAAAUAAUAUGAAGACCCUGAGAAGCAAAGUGAGAUACAUACAACAGGUCUUUAGUGGGAAAGAGGGACAUGAGCUUCGUGUUGGAUGUCAGGGAGGGGAAGCUGGAGGUUGAGUGUGUUCAUGUUCACAUCAAAGUAUGUUCAUGUUGAAUGAACGGUGCGGAACGAGGAUCGACUCCGAUUAGGAGGCGUUGAAAGAAUAAGACGCGUUCGGGAAUUAAGAGGUUUUUUAAAAAUAUUGCCAGGAGAUAAAAGUGUGUAGACGGACGAAAAGAGAUAGAAAGACGUUUUAUUUUAAUAUAAUUUAUUUAAAUUCACCCAGAAUAGAGAGGGAGCUCGAUGCACUGCGGGGAGACUAUGCUGAACAGAUGGAGAACAGAGGUCGUAUGAAUGAGAGGAUUUCAUUGAGUGGAUGACGUGUUUGAAAUGCAGUGAUGAUAGACUGUCGAUGUUUGAGAUGAUGAAGACGAUGCCUUUUUCGAACCAGUGUUAGUGUUAGCGCCUCUCCCAGUACACAGUGACUGGAGAAGAGGGCCCUCAUUUGACUGACACUACUCAGCAGAACAGCGUGUGCCCGAAACACGCAGUACUCAAGGUUCCUGCGUAUGGUGGACAACAAGGUGUGUAUGACGGUGCAUCUGAGACUGAACAGUGAUUUAAAAGAAGGAAAAAAACAGCAUGUAGCCAUUAAAUUAUUGUUGGAUAAUAAGCAGAAACCCUGAGUACUUAAAAUGGGCCGAAAUGCACCUCAUGUAACAAUUAACAGUUGAUUAACAUGGACCUCACGUAGAUUGUAACAAGAGUAUAUGAUAAUAUGUUGAUAUUCAUAGAUGUAUAUGAGGUGGACAUCUGUAAGUUGAUGCUUUGCUGCAAAACAACCUAAACUUAGGGUCCUUCUCUUAAAAUUCAUUGACUUUAUUUAUCUGUGUUAACAUGCUUUUUAAAAGAAUGAUUUUCUUAUUUUUAAAUUUUGGGUUCGGUGGACGUUGUAUGUUAAUUAACUUGGCUUUAGCUGUUUUGCACUGAAAUAUUUGAAGUAUUCCUUGCUCCGAGACAACGUUGAGAUGUCAAGGGAAUUCAAAGAAUAAAAACAUGAUAAUUUAAUAUGCAGUAAACCUUGAGGCAUUUUAUUGGUCUUUUUCUGACCCUG